AUGAAUGAAAUAACUCCACAACCUAGAAGAAUUCGUUCUUUUUUCAUCAAAGACAUUUUGGAACAUAGAAACCCUCCUCCGACAGAGGAAGCUGAGAGCCCAACAACCCCGAGUGGACAAUCAACCCAAACAACCAGCACUCCUUACACAGUUCAACAUAUUCUGGGGACCAACGAAGAACGCCCAGUAGACCCAUGUAGCACAGGUAAGAUAUAUAUAUAUAUAUAUAUAUAUAUAUAUACGAUCCUGUAUAUAGGGAGAGAUAUACAAUCUUAUACUGUAUCCUGCCUGGGUUAAUCUAAAAUAGAAUCGCUCUUUGACAGAUAAAUUACUUAUACAUAUCAUCGUUUUAAAAAAUGCAUCGUUUUGCGGGAAAACACUUUAUCCGAGAAGCUUCCUGAGAUAUCUCAUAGACUCGUUGACUCUCAAUUUAUCAUGUUAAAAGCUCGUUUCAUUCAAGAAGUGCAGGGAUUCAGUUUGUUGAGACAGUCUGUUUACAUUUUUAUUACCUAAAUGUAGCGCAAUAUUAAAUAAAGUUAUGUUUUCAGAUGAUUGUUCGUUUAUUGUUUGGGUUUUAUAGCCAACCUCAUAUAUCUCAGUCACGUUUUAUAUAAGCACGCUCUGAUCUCAUAUAUGGUCGCAACAUAAUAUGUUUAACAACAUACACGGAAUAAUUAUACAAUCGUACACUCAUUUUUACUUUAAAAACACAUCACAAUAAUAUUCAUAACAAAGUCAAAGAUCAUGCAGAAUGUGUCUCUAUAUCUACAUCAUAUAUAGAGUUUUAUUAUAUCAGUAUAGCUGUCAAUUAAACCUCGUAUGAUCGCAGACCGAAUUUUCACUAUAACAAGACCCUUUAAUAAAGAUUGCGAAUACAUAAAUUAUUUUCAAUAACAUUAUACUUACAGUCAUGGCCAAAGCUAUAAUUUUAAAGUUAAAAAUAUCUUUUUAGACUCUUUAUAUAUAGAUAAUAAACAAAUUAGUCUUGAAUGCUUUGAAGCUCAUGCAGUACAUAUAUAAAACACUAUUUUAAAUUAUAAUUACUUUGAUGUUGUGAAGCGAUGGAAGACUCUAACUUAGUCAGUCUAACUGAAGACGUUAUACUAACUUCUCAGAAAUCAGUGUAUAUAUAAUGAUACAUUGAAUGUCAGCCAAACAACAGGAUUUGAUUGCUGUGUUAAUAAUGUAUAGCUAUAGCCUAUAAUAUUUUGUCUUGAAUUGUCUAUUGAACUGCAUGCAUGUAUGAUCAUCUUAUUAUAAAAAUCCUUUGCUUAUAUAUAGCUAUGCAUGAUAAAGAAGUCCCUUCCCAAUUUUUUACUUGCGUAUACAUCUUAUAUAUAUAUACAGUUUUAAGAAUUAAGGUAUUACUCCACUUUAACCACUGAAUUUCAUAUAUAUAGAUAUCAUCUGCAUGAUAAACUAUAUGAAUUCAUGUCUAAUUCAUGCAAUUCUCAAAAAUACCUCCCAAAUCUUCCAAUAUAUAUAAAUUUAUAUAUUUGGCCGCAGUUAGGCCAUAUCAAAAUAAAUUCCUCGAUUCUCGUCACCGCCCGACGAUAUUUGGAUUUCCGCGUUGAUGUAUUUCUGUAUUUUGUUAUAAAAUAUAAAUUUACCGGCCGACCACGAGCAUCUUUAUAGAUUUAGUUGUAGAUUUAAUUGUUUUACCGUUAAUAUUGCAACAUGUUAAGGGAUACUCGGGAUACUAAGGAAAACAUGGGCUUGUUACAACGAUUUGUGUGGGUAUGUUCAAUAACGCAUGUGUAAUUCUCCACUUAAUAUAAAAAGACCUCCCUCUCAAAAUUUUUAAAUUUUAACGUUUUUUUUUAUAUUUUGAUAUAAAAUAUAAACCAUCUACCUCCUGGGCGUUUUUAAAAUUUAGUGACUUGUAAAGUAGAGUCUGACGACAUUUACGAUUUCCCACAUGCAUGCGAAUGCAUAAGUAAAUUGAUGAUUUAAAAUGCUUUUGUUUCUCUGAUCAUCUGAGGCUCAUGUCAUGCAGGGGAGAUAUAAAUCCCUGAAGGUUGCCAACAACGAUAUAAAGUAUAGAAUAAAUUCUCAAUAGUUAUAGCUUUCUGAAACGAGAAAUUUUCAAACAAAAACAUUUGGUGAAAUGUUGGGCGUUGAAAUGCGUCUAUGUUUUGAAAUGCGUCUAUGUUUUGAAAUGCCUGGGCGUGAUGAUGAAAUGAUACCGGAUGAUAGACAACAAUAAAUGCAAAGAAAAGUGAUGAGAUAUGGCUCGGAACUUUGUUAUUUUUGCGGCAUCAUAUCAUCCGAAAUAAUAUAGUUUUAAUUACAUGUUCUCCAAGUUUUCUGUUGACACAUUUUUGUAUAAAAAGAUCAAAAUAACCUUAAUAUCUUUUGGUGAUCAUUAUAGACUAUACCUUCGUUUAGGAAUCGUUUCCUGCACAUUUUCCUCCAUCUUAUUUGCAUAUGAAAGUAUCUUCAUAUAAGGUGCUAUAUAGCUGUUGUUUAACUAGGUAGUGAUUUGGUAAAGGAUUUACAUAUAAAUAUAGACAAGUGAGCUCUGACAAAGUGUAAUAGAUUACUGCAUGUAAGAUUGAGUUGUUCCUUUAUCUAAAACCAAAACUAUAUAACUGAUCAUGGGCCGUAAAGGGGCGAGGUAAUUGACGGGAUUCGAAGAACCAUGCAAGGAACCUUCCCAAACUUAAUUGAAACUAAUUUAAACUAUUACUAACGUUAUGUCCAAUAUGGCAAGGACACUCACGAACCAGGGACCAUGCAUGCACGUACAUGCAUGCCAUUUCAAUUAACGUCAUAGAACUAAAGACCGGAUCAAACGAGGAUGUGAGAGAGUUGGCACUAGUCAUUGCUCAGCUGUUCUUAAUGCUUUCCCAAUACAAUAAUAUUAUUAUAUGUAUGUAUUCUAUCUAAGUUUAUAGUUGCAUGGGACACUCUUAAAACAGUUAUUUUGUUAAUCUACUGCUUAAAAUGCCCCCUGUAACAACCUCAUCCAACUCUCAUUUCUCGUCGUGUGACCAUGGUUUAACUAGAGUAUCUAUGUAAACGUUUAAAAGAACUCGGUUUAUACAGAACAGCAAUGGUUUAUCCGAUGUCAUUCAAAAACAAGAAAAUGACUGCAGACUUCCUGAUUGUUUUGUAUAUUGCUAGAAAAAAACGCCCACCAGCUCACAGUUUGCAGUAUUGCUCAAUAUAGAUCAUAGACUUUUGAUUAUAUAUUAACUGACUGAUUGAGAUGAUAUAUAAAUAUUCUCGACCAAUACUAAAAGUAUAUUGCUGUAUAUAUACUGGACAUAUUUUUGUCUUCGUUAUACUUUUAUAAUAUAAAUAAUCAAUCCUUUUGGCUCCUAUACUCAUUACACUAUUUUAAUUUUAGGAUGUUGCAACUGUCCGAGUGUCUAUCCUGCUUACAAGAGUGCUGCAGUUACAACACCAUUUUAUCAUCCAUAUCUUUACACAUUUUAUCAGCAACAAGCAGCAUGGAGACAAUCUUUAAAGGGUACGUUGACUUUAUCCAGUCACGAUACUGCAUGUGAAUAAAUCUGCGAAUUUUCUGUACGGUUUAUAGAUUCUCACUCAACCAGUUGUCAGUUUACGUUAUAGUCUAUGCCGAAUGGAAUAAUUCAUUCCUUAAAAUUGUUGCAACAGUUAAUCCGUAAAAUGACUAGCAUGAGUAACUAAAUAUUCUUAGAUUAAAAUCUAUAAUUAUGCUGGUCAAUUUCAUUUUAAUUUUAAAAGGCAUUGGUUACAUUGACCCUCCCUUGUAUCCUUCAAAAAACGCACAAUCAUGCAUGCAUGUAAAUUAAUUCGUAGACCAUACAAAGAUGUCAGCAUGAGCUCCACCUUUGAAUUUACUAUAUGAGUAAAUUGUUAAACAUGCCUGAAUUUAUUAAUAUGAUAAAUUCGCGGCACCUAACCCCUAACACUAUAACCCCAACCCCUAACCCCAACCUUAUAACGGCCUAACCCUUAUCUAACGUUUUUAAACUUUUUUUGAAAAUCUAACUUUUUAAACUUUUACUUUUGUUAACUUUUUUUAACUUUUUAAAACUUUGUUUGAAGAUUUCGUCCUAAAAGGCGUUCUUCCAGUCCCACAAACGGCCUUGUACGAUUCACAAAAAGCCGAACACAAAUUUCCAUAAAAUUAGAAGUUCCUUUAUACUACAGUAUAAUCUGCCCCUCCACUAACUCUGUAUCAAAUUGGGUCGCCACCAACCUAUAUGAACGCCCUUUAUGAUUGGUUGAUGAUAUCAAUAAAAGACAAUGAACUAUAGAAAUUACCUUUCUAAAGAACGAGUCAUAAACAUUAAUUUGGGAAAUGGGAGACAAAACGCGCCAAACACAAAUUAACAUAGAACUAAAACUAUAUGAUUGACUGUGUUAACCCUGGUCUAUUUCUCCCUGGAUGGAGUUGCGUAGGGUGAACCACAAAACAAUUUGACUAACUCAUAAAAUUGAUUUACUAUAAUUUGUACUUAUGCUGGUUAAUAUCUCCCUAGAAGGAAUUACCUAUGUGGACCCACAAAAUCCCCUGUACUCCCAAGUGAAGCAACGUAAGCCGCGCAGACCCUGGACCAGAGCUGUAUUCUCAAACCUUCAGCGUAAAGGUCUUGAAAAACGUUUCCAAGUUCAGAAAUACCUCACUAAAGGAGAUCGACAUCAGUUGGCCUCCAUGUUGGGCCUUUCUGAUAACCAAGUCAAAGUUUGGUUCCAAAACAGGAGAAUGAAAUGGCGCCAAGAGGAGCAGACUGUGGACGAGUCCGCCGAGAAAACUGAACUUCAAACUUCAAAUGUGCCCACAAGCUCAAAUAGUGACGUGACAGUAAGGAGUAAGGAGUAAAGAAUAAGACGCUGGAAAAUAACACGAAGGAACAUCUUGAUUGGGGAUGAAAUUAUCAGCAAGAAAGAUCAAAAUCAUCCGGACUAUUGUUCCAUUUCACAAAUAAGAAAUCCUAAUUUUGAUAAACAUUCAACAAUUAAAAUUCCAUUCAUUAUCAAAUACAACCAUUAUAAUUCAAAAGCAGGGAGAAAAAGCAUCAAAAUUGAUACGUCAACAAACAAUAUGAAUGCAAAUUCUAAAACUGAAUGAAUAUAGAUAUAUACAUGCGUCACCAAUUUCUUAAAAAUUAGAGCUGCUAAUUAUAUUUAAAGGAGUUGUAAAAUGCAAAAUUUUAUAUUUAAAACCCAAUUCAUUCAAAAGCAAAAACUUUAUAACGUCCAAUCUCCUUAGACAUAAUCGGAUGUCAACUACAUUUUAAAUUAUGUAAAAUAUCAGGGGCCGGUUGUAUAAAAAAGUGAUUAAAGUUAAUUAUAAUUAAGCGGAAACGUCACCCAAUAAGAAGCGCCUAUUUGAGAGUUAAUCACUAUUUAACUACAAAAUAGUGAUUUAAAAAGUGAUUAAGAGUUUUAUACAACCGGCCCCAGUACUACAACCUGCGCAUCAUUUGUACAUUUCAAUAGUUUGAGUCAUUCUCGUACCCAUAGCCCUUCUUACGCGCGGUCAACGGAGCGACGAGAGGCUCUGGCCAAAUCCAUAUCAAACUGGCAUCUGAUUGGCUACAACAAAGGUUAUUGCUCUAAUACCGGAUAUAUUCUUUUACCAUGUUUUUAUGGUAUCAGGUUUUGGAAGAAGUAGAAGGGCUCUGGGUACGAGAAUGUAGUUUGAGUGUGCACGAAACAAUAGCUUGAAAUCGAGGCGGAUAAUGUAGUUUAUUGUCAUUAAGUAAUUUUCGUUGCCAGCUAGCAAAUUCAGGAAUUGUCUACAUGCACCACUAUAUGUUAUUUGUAAAUAAAUAUUCUAAUACACUUGUUAUCGUACAUUGUACAUUAGGUAAAAUUAUUCUAUUACUAAAAUGUAUGUCAUUGAUGAUAAAUAUCAGGAUUAUCUUGGCCAUCUCACUCGAUUGAACGAAUGUUGAAGUGUUUUGUAGUUGGAAAUUUCGAGUGUAAGUUUUUAAACAUUAAUUUAGACCUAACCACUCUGGCGCAGCGCAACAGGUGGGAAAACUGUAGACCUAAAAGGGAGGGAGGUCGCGCCUGGGUGGGGAGAUUAUUAAAAAAAGGUCAUCAAGUUUAGUUUAGAUUAGUGGAGGAUUAAGAUUAGAUUAGGUUAGAUUAACUGAUUAAGAUUAUGUUAGGGAGGGUUAAUUAGAGUUGGUUAGGGUUAGGUUCAUACAACCCAAUAAGUUAUUGGAUACAAUCGGUUUACAAUCACCUAAUAGAUUAUUGGUUACAACGUGCGGAAUAGCUGAGUUAUUAUAACUCCUCCUAUCAAUUUUAGCAGUUCCAAAACUUUUUUUGUCAAUCGUUUUUCAGCCUCAAAUAACAAUUCAGGCCACUGGCACAAUAUACAGGCUUUUGCGUUCAGCGCAAGCUGCCAUGCAUGUGCAACGUUAAGCGAAUCUUUCAAGAGCCACGAAGUCCUGCAAUUAAAUUGGCAUUGUACAAUAAUAAAUAAUUAAUAACUUCAAACUAAGGAUUUGCCCGCCUUCCUGUAUGGGACGCCGAUUGUGAAUUUAUUAUUUAGCAUAAAUGCUAUCACUUAUUAUCUGACUUAUUUGGUUGUAUCCAAUAACCAAAUUAGCAGCCGACACGUAAUUUGGUUAUGUUUAAAUAACCAAAACAACUACCUUCCCAAAAUUUGAUUAUAUUAAAUAACCUAAUAGUGGCCGAACGUAAAUUAAAUUUAGUUAUAUUAAAUAACCACAUUUUUGCCGAACGUAAUUAAAUUUAGUUAUAUUAAAUAACCACAUUUUUUCACACUUGGCGAACAUUGAUUAAAUAAAGGAAAAUAUUUUUCACACUUGGCGAACAUCGAUGAAAUAAAGAAAAACAUUUUUUUCACGCUUAGCAAUUUUUCCUGGCCCAGAGGUUAAAUCACGUGAUUACAUCGUAUCUUCUUAAUUUGGUGCUCUUUUCGAUAUUCUCGACAACAUUUCAAUAUGACGGGUAGCAUGUAGAAUUCUCAAAAUCUGACCACAGCAUUGACAGACGCUAUAACAAGGGCGAUGAGUUCAAUAUUGCAAGGGAGAUAAAACAACGGCACAGCGGCAGCGCAGGUCAAGUGAAAACAUUUAUACAUAUUUUUAAAUUUGAAUAAUUUUACGCCUCGAUAAACUAAUAAAAUACAAAUUAAUGUAAAAUAUUGGAGAAUAUAAGAAUUGAAUUAUUCUCCAAUAUUUCAUAUUAAUUUGUAUAACUUUUAAAAGUUAUAUUAAUCGGUUUGUAUAGGUAAUCAUGCGAUGGCGAGUACAAUUAGGGAUUAAUAGUACGAGUGAUGUUUGGAAAUUUUGCCAAAAUUGGACGAGCCGCCGGGCUGUCGGCUGCUAUAAAUAUGGUUAUUUGAUACACCCAAAUAAAUCAGAUAAAAAGUGAUAGCAUUUACGCAUCGGCGCCCCAUAAACUUCUAAGACGAAAUCAAGGGUGGAUUUUCAUCAAAAGGAGGGAUGGAAACAUUUCUAGUGGGGUGGUGCAAGCGGCACCACUGAGCGAGCUUCGGCAGGGGUUAGGCGUUAGGGAUAAAGACUUUCACACACAAUAGGAGGGGUGAAGCGAAAUUUUGGUGGGGUUGAACACUUUAUAAGAGGGGUUAGAGAGAUUCUAGGGGGGGGGGGGGUUAACCCCCUAACCCCACAUGCAGUAAAUCUGCCCAUGGACGAAAGAAAUAUAUCGUUUUUGUAAAACCUGAUCUUGAUCAACUCUUUCAUUGUCAAAUGUUCUCCGAUGAUGAUAAGAGAGUAGAACUAAUUUGCAAUUCAUCUUACGACGUCAAUCCGGCAACUUGUAGAGUGAAAUAGCGGAUAAAGAUGAGGUUUUUUCCAACAAAAAAAAGAUAUAUUACACAUUUUCGUAAAAUGACCCAAAUAUACACCUAACAAAAAUCACACUUGGCGUAUAUAGUAGCACUUUAAAGUAGCCUUGGUCUUCUAAUUAUCCCGAAUUUGAAAACGAACUUUCUGAUUCUUCAUAUGCUAGAGACUAUAUCCACGCAAACGAUGUUCAACUGUAUUACUGACAAGCAAUUUGAACAAAAUCGUAUACUUUGCGACUUUCACAAGAGGGCGAUUUGUAUCAAUCAUUUGUACAUCAUGAUAACAAGACAAUAUACUAUUGUCUAUUGAGAUAGACAAAACAUUAAUGGCUAACAUUCGUUUCGCCGACAUAAAAGAAAACAAAUUCAGCAAAAUCUAUAUUGAAAUAUCCAAGAUAAAAAGGCUAAAAUCAAUGCGAAAAUUUAUAAUAUACGGUAAAAUUUACGGGGAGUGUAUGUUAUAUAUACUGAAACAAUUCUGAUAUUGAAUGAACUCAUGAUAUGAUUAUUAGCAUUGGUCAACCCGCGAGGGUCAACCUCAAUUUAAUUCUCAGUGUACGACGCUACGUGACCUAAUUAUGCCAAAGUUAACAUAUACAAGACAUGUGUCGUGAUCUAUAUUUGAUAAAAAAAUUCUAAAUUGCAUGUGCUACUAUAUAUAUUUAAUCUAUAUAAUCGUUAUCAUAGCUUAAGAACAUUUGUUUUUAUCAAUAUUUUAACAUUUAUGGCUUAUUGUAAAAUAAAACGACCUUAUAUACUGGACUGCAGCUUAAAUUAUUAUAUCGUUACUCCCGAGGUUACUCCUUAAUAUAUGCAAGUUUAGUUAGAUAUCUUGCUGAUUUUAUAAUUAAAGUUGGACUUUCAUGGCCAUGGGGUAUAACCACGACAACCUAUAAGUAUAACAAUACUUGCAGUACAUGCAUGUGUUCUCCCAAAUAUCGACGUUUUCCUAUAAUGUCUAUUAAUGAAGUGAUUCCAUAUUUGAUAUUUAUAUUCUAUAGCAAAAACAAGUUCAAUUUAACUUUAAUUUCUUUAUAACUUUCGCAGUAUCUAGUGGCAGCAAUGCUUAUCCGGAUGGCUGUUGUUGUCUUAGUUUACUCUAUAGUAGUAUAGACACUCAAAUGCAGGUAAUCAUGAAAAAAGGUUUUUGUGGGAGUACUAAACUGAUCAGGAUAGAUAAUAAACCGAACAUGGCUCUACUAUUUUUCGCUAUGCAAUGUUAUAAUGAAUCAUUAAUGCAUGCGUAUAGGCCGCGCCGUAGCUUGUUUACCAUAUUACGCCAUUUUCCCUUUCUUAAAGCCUAACACUCACUACUCAGGUUAGUAUAUUUUGUCAGCUAUACCUAUAAUCCAUACAACUAUAAAAUGGCAGGUUCUAUAUGCUUAAACCAAGUUUAAGAAGUAAUGGUUCAAGCAAAGUGUUAUAUAUUUGAUCAUGUCGAUUAAAACUGACGUUAAGUGUUUUCGAACAGGUCAAAGAUGAAAGCUUCGGAUUGAUAGGGAUACAACUACCUGAAAAUAAAUGAAAUAUCUGAUAGGGAUACAGUACAACUAUAUACCUGAAAUACCAUUUUUCAGGUAGUUGCAUAUAUCCCUAUAUCAAUCCGAAGCUUUCUUAUAAUUGGCACUAUACCUGGCUAUAUAUACACUGGCACAAACCGUCCAAGAUUACCGUGUUUACUUAUAUACCCGUUUUGAAAACGACGUCAACAUUCAGCUGCGACACGCUAUGUUGCUAUACGCGAACAGGUAUUGCAUUACGAUUAGUAAUGCGAAGAGCAUAAUAUUAUAUCGAACAUAUACUGUAUGUCCUGCUUCAUAUUUGAAUACCGGGAAAUGUUUCUGCCAGUGUGAAUUAGUAAGAAAACACUAUUCUUGAAAAUUUUAAUUUCAUGUUGGAUGUGACGUAAUCAUUAAUUUGUUUUAAUUUAUUUGAACACUAUACAUGCAUUAUAACUGGUAGUGCACAAUAAUCAUGUUGUGAUUAUCAGAGUGUUGUUUGACGCGCGGCCGCUCUGUCUUUAGUGAGGAUGUAAUAAGGAAUACUUUGAACUUCAGUGCAUGUGGUAAACCUACCUCGUCUGCGGUUGAGAUACUUCAUUUUCAAUCAAUAUUUCUUUUUCACUGGAGAUCGAGUUAAAUCAUGUUGAACUAUUUGGGUAUUAUUUUCAUCGUUGUUUUAUCCUCUGGAUAUGCAAUCGGAACAAGGUAUGAAUGAUUUUGUACCAUUUAAAGUACAGCAUGAAUCCAUUACAUACAUAACAGCUAUAUAGUUCUUUCAAUUUAUUUUAUUCCAUAUUAUAAACAAAUGAAUUUUUUUGAAGUCAAACAUUAGUUGAAAUUGUUGCAUGAUAAAAUUGCAUUAUAUAUCUGAUUUUAAUUUUGUAUUUAGCGUCGUUCCAAGGGUUUAUGUCCAUAUAAAAUGUCUCCACUUAUAUGGACAUGUAAUUUAUACAUAUUUCUUGAGAUAACGGAAAUUAGGGCUGAGAGGGAGGAUCUCGCUAUAUAACAGAAUACAGACAAGACUAUUAUUGCAUAUGUAUAGGUCAGUGUUGUUGCCUGAAAAGCUUGAAUCAUGUUCCGUGUCUGUCAAUAUUUAUAAACGUAAAUUCGUGAAUAUGUAUAUGAAUUUAAAGUAUUCAAUUGUGACACAAAUGUCAAACAAAAUGUCAUUAUACUGCAUGUUUGCUGUCCGUAUCAAUUUCCUGCCACCUCUGAGCUAUAUAUAUAUAUAUAUAUAUAUAUAUAUAUAUAUAUAUAUAUAUAUAUAUAUAUAUAUAUAUAUAUAUAUAUAUAUAUAUAUAUAUAUAUAUAUAUAUAUAUAUAUAUAUAAGCGAGAAAUUAUAAAAGAAACAACGAAUAAUUUUACGUUUCAAGUGUGAAUUUUCAUUUCAUAAUAACUGAAAAACAGCAGUUUUAAAUAUUGGCCUGAUAUAUAGACUUGAUAAAUAUGUUGCAAGUUUAUGAGCCAAAUAAUAAUAAGAUUUUUACACUUACAUUUUCAUAUAUUUUUAUGCUGUAAGCGGUGUGCGAAGCUUAGGAUUUAUUAUGUAAUGCAUGUGUCAUUGUAGUCUGUACAAAUACCAAAACGCUAAUGUAAAUGUUAUAUUGAAUAGUAAGCUAUUUUUCAGUUGCCUUUUUCAUUUAUCAAUAUAUAUUUGUUCUUAUCACACUGACCCAUAACUUUUCAAAAUUUGAUGUUUUCUGAUUGAAACGCGGAUUUAAAUUCUUUGUUUAUGUUUGUUAAUGUAUUCGGCGUCUACCUGCAGAGCCGCUGGCUGUUAUAUCUCAUAAGUCUGAUAAGAUAUAAAAAAAAUGGAAAAUGUGAAGUCAUCCUUUGCCUUAUACUUAAUUCUUAAAUUGUUUAUAGGCCUAUAUUUGAGUGAAAAGUUAAAUUUAGAGCAUGACGUACAGUUAAAAACAAUAAAAGUAAUUAAUUUUAUAGAAUUGAUGCGAGUAUAUAGCUGUGCAUGAAUGGCAUUUUCCCCGCCAUGAAGUGCAGCUGCUAUUUUUUCACAUCAAAGCUAUCUAUAAAACCACCGUUGUCGUUGAUAUAUAUACUGUAGCAUGCAUGCAUCUCAGUAACAUAUACAGUAAUCAUUAUUAUCAAUAUUUUUAACAUUAUAUAUCAAUAUUAUCAAUAGCGGUAAAUUUUAUUUUAAAAGAGUUUUAAAGUUUUAAAUUUUUUUAAAACUUUUAUUAAAAAGACCAGAGUUAUAUGUAUAAUCUAGCUAAUAGAUAUUUUUCGAGGAAAAUAUCUAUAUAAUACUAUAUGUAACGCAACGGGAAUUUUCUGGGGCAAAUUCCCCUUUUGCUCCCCCUCCCUCUGGGCUCCCCUGUAUUAAGACUCUUAAUUCCAUUUUCAUUGUAGUAUCAUCCUUCUUACAAAUAAAGUUGACUCUCUUUUAAACAAGACAAAUUAUGACGUACGUUUGAGACCAAAUAUGACAGGUAUGAAAAUAUUUUAGUUUUAUUUCUCAUUUGAAAAUACAUACUUUCAUCCAUUGUUAUAUCCUAUCCUGCAAUAUGUUAUAUGGUGCUGAGAUUUGGGCAGUGAAGAAAAACAACAAUUAGCUAGUGCAUGGAGAAAUUGCUGAAAUGACGCAUGCACUUAGGGAGUGUUCAUUAUUUAUACCCGGGGUUGGUACCGAAGAGAAACUAAUCGAAAAGAGAAAAAAACAACCACCCACCCUUUCGGUCAACCAUUUUUUCCCCUACCCAACUAUUGCAUGACUUGGACUUUUAUUUUACCCAACCCAAUUUCAAAAUUAUACAAGUAUUUUACAUAUAUAUUAUUAUACAAGCUAGGCCACUAUAGUAUAAACAGUACUAUGCAAAUUUUGAAUGUCAAAUAUAAUCAUUUGUACCUUCACAAGUUCAUAUUAUGUUCCCAAGCCUCCAAUUCCUGCAGUCCUACCAUAUCUCGUUGUUAUAUAAUCAUAGGGGAUGGGGAGAUGGAGUUUAGUUUUCUAUGUGGGGAAUGAAUGGAUAUUUCCUGGAAUGACCCAUUUUGUUAAAUAAAGGAUUUUCAUAUUUUGUUCAAUUCAAGGUUUGUAUUGAAAAUAAUUUACCCAACCAUAGGCUUUGUUCAAAAAAUAUUUACCCAACCCUUCAUACCCCAGAAAAAUGGCCUACCCAACCCAUUUCUCUUCGGUACCAACCCCGGGUAUAAAUAAUGAACACUCCCUAAUAUGUGUAUAAUAACCUGGACAGCACGAUAGCAAAGGAGACAUCACCAUAUUUUUCUUCUUCAAUAUUUUGGAUAUUUUUGAAAGUGCGUCCACUGGAAGAGACGAUCGAGGAAACAAUAUUGCCAUAACCACAUUUUAUCGCUCAAUGGAAAGAACAGAAAACGACACGCGGUAGAACGCGGAAACGCUGGAUAGAUUGAGUUGAGGAAACUGGAGUAGUUAGGCCUAUCAAAAUGGAGUUUGGUUAUUUUCAGUAAUUCUCCUUUUCCGCAUUGAAACCCCCUAACUUAUGCUGUGGCCCUAUUGACUUUAUCCUUACCAAAUCUCGACCAACAUAUGCAUCAUUAACCUGCAACGCCUUGUCAUGCAAGCAUUUAUUGCAUCGUUUGUUUAACUGAAUAUAUUCUUUGGGUUAAUGGUAGUGUCUGUAUUAGCUAUAAACUAUUAACUAUAUCAUCAUUCUGAUAUCUCCUCAAAGGAGACCACGCUUCCAUUAACAUGCGCUCUGUAUAUAGUUUCGACUCUUCGCUAUAUAUUUAUAUUUUUUCCAGGGGGGCCAGUUGAAGUAAAAGUAAGGAUGAAAAUGUUAUCUAUCGAUUCCAUUGAUACAGUCAAUAUGGUACGUCCAACACAAACUUACCUAUAUUUAUGCUUGGAAAUGGGGUGCCCUCCAAAUCGAAGAGGAUCACCUCAAACAAAUGGACCAUUUGCAUUAUAGUCUAAAUUUUGGUCUAGACAAAAAUUUCAUCACAGCUUGAAAGAGCAUCACAAAAUUAGUAAUAUUCCAAAGUUUCGUUGCGAAAUGUUGUAAAAUGCGGAUAAUAUAGCCUUGUGAAAUUUGCAAUUUUCAGUCAUAGUUGUAUUACAAACGGGAAAUUGAUGCCCCAACACCCGAUUGCGCUGUCAAUUUCCCGUGCGUAAUACAAAAUGACUGAAAACGGCAAACUUUGCAAGGCUAUAUUAUCCGCAUUUUACAACAUUUCGCAACGAAACUUUGGAAUAUUACUAAUUUUGUGAUGCUCUUUCAAGCUGUGAUGAAAUUGUUGUCUAGACUUGUCUAGAUCAAAAUUUAGUCUAUAAUGCAAAUGGUCCAUUAAAACACGGAAUCAUAUACGAAAUUGAAGUUUCGACUGCACGUCCAAAUGACACGUUCUGCGCUGGGAAGAAAUUUGAAUCAUAAAAUGUAGCAGAGACUGGAAGAACAUUGAACUGUUCAAUCAUCAUUUGAUUAUGCAAAGAGUUGCUCAAAUAACGAUUAGGUUACGUUUGCACUGUACCGGAUAGCUUUCCGUAGCGACGUGAAAAAACACUAUCCGUACCUUAGGAACGCUAUUUUCAGAGUAAUUAUAGCAACUAUAGAGGUGUGCAUCGGAUCGGAUUGGACGUUUAUAAUCCGACAAUUGCCUAAUGUUUAAAAUACGAUCCGAUUCCGAAAUUGUCUAAUUUAAAUCCGAUCCGAGUUUUGAUAAAGAAUUCCAAUCCGAUCCGACGAAUUCUUUAAUAAAAUUAAUUUCUCAUUCACGUUGAAAUAUUUAACCAAAUAAAUAUAAAAGCAAGAAAUACAUGUCAAGAAGCUGACAAACUGACGUCCAAUUGUAUCAAACGAAUAAUGCAGCGGCCACCGCGAUGAUGCUUUGAUAAAUGCAUGGAUAACUAGAGGGCACUCAGAGACUGCAUACCUCCGCCUACGCGCAAAAUAUUGAAGUAAUCUAUUGUUAUUAGAAUUUGAAUGGCUGGUGCAUAUAUUAUGCACGUCCUAAUUACGCAUUCAGUAUAAGUUUUAUUUAAUUGACCGGGAAAAGCAAAACAAACUUUUGUUAUUUCUCAUUCAAUUUUUAACCAAAUUCAACCAAAUUUUAAUCAGUUCUUCCUUAGCCGAUGGGAAAUGCACUCACAAAAUUUCGUACGGAUAUGUUUGGUAUUUCUUGAGUUAUCGUGCUCACAGACAAACACACACACACACACACACACACACACACACACACACACACACAUACAAACCCAGAUGAUUACAUAACCUCCUGGCGGAGGUAAUUAAUUCUUGCGAUAAUGCGUGGAUAAUUAAUUCAUUUUAUUUCGGAUAUCGAAGUCCGAUCCGAUCCGACUACGAAACAACUUUAUCAAUCCGAUCCGAUAUGAAUAUUUUGGUUCCGAAAUCCGAACGAAUCCGAUCGGAUCGGAUUCGGAUCGGUUUCGGAUUUGCACACCUCUAAUAGCAACGAAGAGAUGUUGUUUCGCUCAGCUUCUGAAAGUUGUACUUUUUUUUACUAUUGGUACUUUUUUCGCUCCGCUACGGAAAGCUAUAUAUCCGUUAUAGUGUAAACGUAGCCUUAUAGUUUCCGCACGGUUGAUUCGCUUUAAAUUAGAAAAUAUAUUCCCUCAGGUGUACCUUUCUUUAUUUUGCUUUACACAGAAGACAAAAUAUGCUAUAAUAAAAAAAUGAUUUAAUCUUUAUUCUGCAUGUUGUGGCGAUAAGUGAAACACAAAUAAUGACGUGCAGUCGAAACUCCGAAAGUUAAACCUUUCUAAAAUUUAUAUAAUUCAUCCUAAUUUAUAAUUAAAUUAUUAUAAAUAAUAAUAAUUUAAUGCCCAAAGCAUUCGCGUAUCAAAAUUUAAAGCUAUGGUACUUUCUAUACGGAAUCAUUUGCAUAAAUUUCAUUUUCACAAAUUUCAUGCAAUUAUAAGUUCCGAGAAUGUCGUAUUGGACCGAGUAAACAUGGCGGCAUUCUGGUCAGCUGGAUGAAAUUUGAGGAAGAUAUUAUGCAAAUAAAUUCGGUAUAGAAGAGUAUUUAACAAUAGAGACAAGACGCACUUGUCCUACAACUCGUGCAUCAACAACAUCUUCAAUGCCUUUCAAAUGAAUACAUAUCAAGUGAAAAAGUUACACGAUCCGUUAUUUCUAGAUAGAAUUUUUCCUUGUUUUCGACUUCAAUGACUCCAAAUACUAAUGAACAUGUUAUUCCUAUACAGAACAUUUUUCCUUGGACGUAUGUAGCGUACUAUAGCUUCGAUGCUUUCUAAUUCCGUUGCAACCUAUUGUGAAAAUGUUAUCAAUUAAGGCUUAUUUCUAGACAGGAUUUUUCUUGGAUAUAUUUUUCAGAUUAUUGCCUUCUCGCUGCAACCUGUUACGAACACGUUUCCCUUUAUUUCUAUACAGAAUUUUUCCUUGGAUGUAUUGCUGACUUCAGUACCUCCCAAUGCUAUUUACAUGCAACUUAUAGUGAACAUGUUUACCCGUGUAUUUCAAUAUAGGAUUUUUCCCUGGAUGUAUUUCUGACUCAACAAUGGGUUGAUGAACGACUAGACCAUGGCACGAGUAAUACCAUCACAGUGAACUAUAAAGAUCUGGACAAGAUCUGGUUACCAGACACAUAUUUUGUCAAUGCUAAAGACAGUUCUUUUCAUUUUGUUACUAAAGAAAACAAGCUAGUACAGAUCGGCCCUAACGGGCUUAUCAGCUACAGAAUAAGGUUAGUUUCGUUUAAUAAUUUAAGAAUUUAUAUACCUUUGUACGAUGCUAAAGAAACGACUAUUGCACUCUUGCAAAAAUAACACAUUAAACGACGUUUUCAUUAUACGUUUACGAACGGGUUUUACUUGAAUUACAAAAUAGUCAGCUGUCGAGUUAAACACCUGUUUUUGAAGACUCGAACAUUCUAAACAGUGUAAGAUUCUCUGGAGUAAGCCCUAGCGGUGAAUGUAGGUCUGUCAUAUUUUGCUUUGGGUGUGGUUGAGGUCAAUUGGGAAAGGGUACGGCUCGAAGAUUUGUUAUCUGAUAAAUCACAGUUCAGAGAAACCACAAUGCUAUUUGAUGGCUCAUUUAACGACAACAAAAAAAAACUUAAAACGUUAUAAUCCCUGAGCAUGCGCGUAGCGAGGGUAUACUAAUUCCGUUCGACUAUUGACACCCGAGAAAAGGAGAGCUAGCGGAUUGAAAAGGGCCAUUAUGGUUCAUGGGUGGACCUCACACUGAUCUCAAAAAUAUGGCAAAUGUCAAUCAUGGAAUUGAGCAUCAACGUGAAACCCUAAAGUAAAAGUCGUUUAAUGGGACGAGCACGAAGCAGGCAAACAGUUUAUAUACGUUUUUACAUCCUAACACUGAAUAGAGGCAAUAUAUUGAAGGAAAUCAUAUAAAGUUUGGCAAGUUUGUUUUAAAUGUUGAUGCAUGUCUGCGUAUUUAAAUUACUGAAAUUAAAAUAUAAUUCUUGUGUAGGUUUAAGUUUCAUAACUUACUGUUGCCUAUUCUUAUUAUUUUAUACGAGACCAAAGUUAUUUUCGUGAGAGAAUUGAAUAAACGAUAAAAAACAGUUAGUUCUAUGAACAUUUCAAAACUUUUUUAAUACGAAGUGUUAUAGGCUGAAUUUUACAUCAAAUGGAAGCUUAUAUAUUACGCAUAUAAUAACAUACUGACCAUAAAUAUUUUGGAAAUUAAAUAUUUUGUAUUCAAAAAUGAUAAUUUUUGAACUUUUAAUACAAUUUUGUACAAAAAAUAGAAAAAGAAUAUUAAAACGAUCGUGUUACCAUGACAAUCAGUUGCAAUACUUCAUGUCUGGAAAACAUAGUCGUUUGUGUAGCAAGGCGAGGGGUUUCUGUAUGAAUGUUUUUCUAUAGUACGUUAUAGUCAUACCUGAUAUAAUGAAACGUUUCUUAAUUCUCCACACGUUAUGAAGUUGGUAACCAAAAUUGUAUAGAUCUCUCUUCUCUUAUAGGAUAAGCUUGAAAGCUGCUUGCCAGAUGGAUUUGCGAUUGUUCCCUAUGGAUAAACAGAUAUGUCCAUUGUUACUCGAAAGUUGUAAGUUAAAUUAAACGCAAUUUCUCAUUACGAAACCUUUGAUUUCUUGGAAAAUAAACGCCAAAUGGAUUAUUCUAUAUUUUAUGUAUUACCAUUUAAGAUCGAAACAAUUCUUCCAAACGAAAUUAUAGUCCUUUGGAAUUUGCAAAAGAACCAAAACCUGGCCAGGCUUGUUUGCUAAAUCUAUCAUAAACCUCGGUAUAUUUUUAUUAAGAUUUAAUUUUUCAAAGGGAAUACAUGGCAUAUAUAAUAAGAUAUUAAUAUCUAAACUUAUAAUUUGUAAAACUGUUAGUCUUGAAGUAUUCUAUAAGUGGGAGUCAUUACUUAAUUGGUUGAAAUUGAUUUGUGGAGAUAAAAGAAUGACAGACAUUUUUCGAAUCGGUCUAUAGGAGUAUAGCUUUGUUGAAAUGUUUGAACGUUCAAACGAACGCCUGGCUUGCAUGGUUGUGCUAACCCGCACGCACCAUUAUCUUCUAAAGUCCGUUCAUAGCAUUCCAAACAUCGUGCAAUAUUGUUGUCCAACAGUGCUGGAAGAAACUUUAGCUAAUAUUUUGAAUAAAGUCAAACCUGACCCAACAUCUUCCAAGAUCAGUCAACAUUGCCAAACAAUUGAAACAGACCUAAUGUACCGAUCAAUUUGAAACUUCAACAUCCCCCCGGGCAUAUCCCGGGAAUUUGACUUCAAGUCUUCUCCACGGAGUAGGGAAUUUGACGUUCUAAGUCUUCCAUGUGGUGGGGGCAUUUGAUAACGUGGUGCGGAAUUUGAGUCUUAAAAUUCUUAAAAUUUUGCCAGUUUUCGCGUGCUUCCUGCAUGCACAGAGAAUACUUCGCAUUGGCGGCAAAUACAGUUUUCUCUGAUUUCGAGGGAAACGGCCUCAAUUUUGUGAAAAACUGGCUCAAAGAAAUGGGCAUGGAAAAUCUAUGUGCUUCAUUUGAAGGUAUGUACUCGGUGCUUCCAUUUUGAAGGAAAUUUCCUUUUUGAAGGAAAUUUUAAAUAGUUGAAGGAAAUUAUAAGGAAAUUCGAAUCUGAAGGAAAUUUGAAGGAAAUUUCGGAAGAUUGAAGGAAAUUGCCUUAUUUCUAAAAAAUCCUAAGAAUACGAAGAAUACGGCAAUUUCCAAGGAAAUGCGCUUCAAAAUAUGCUGAAAAUCCUGUUCUGCGAGAUGCAAAAUCUGAAAAUGUUCUGGGGGAGGACCCCCAGGUUAUUCCCUUUCGUGUUAAUCUAGGUGAACUCUUCGUCUCUCCCCUUUGAUAAUUCAGCUCCUGCAACGUCCAUGUUCCUUCUAGAACAAGAAAUACCCCGUUAUUCGAGAUAAAUUACUACAAAAUCAGUUUUAAAUUAGGUAAAAUUCAAUAAUUUUUAUUGCAAGGAAAUUUUUCAAAAAUAAGGAAAUUUCGAACGGGUGGGAGGAAAUUAUGUUUUUUGAAAAUGGAAGCACUGUAUGUACUACAAAAUUGUGUAAAACUGUUAAAUUUCCACAAGGUUUCCAAACUUUUUAAGUGAAUUUCGCUAUCUUGUCGAAAAACAUUUCCGUAUAUUUUGCACUUUUUGUAUUUACUGUUUCAUAAUUAUCGUACGAAGUUGGGGCAUUUGAACGCUUAAUUUCUUGUUACAGUGGGGCAUUUUAAGACAUUUUUUGCACAGGGGGUGGAGAAUUUGAUCAGUCAAAUUUCAAAAAGUUCAAAUUCCCUUGGUCGGCCCGGGGGGGGCAUGUUGAAGUUUCGAAUUCAUCGAUACAUAAUGAUGUUGCAUCCAAAAUUGUUGUAUGAUAUUGGAAUGCUGUCUGUUGUUUGGAUGCUAUGUUAAUAAAUAACUAAAUGCGAAAAUGUUUCCUCGAUAAUUAAUUAUAGAUGGUUAUCACAAUAAGAAAGUUGAUUACAGGUGGGCUGUUGAUAAUGGAGAAUCAUUUGUUGACACAGAAAUGACCAAACUACCUCAAUUCACUCUGACAGCUGUUAAUCUUUCUUCAAAGAAAAAUGUAUAUUAUGCCGGUAGGUUUAAUAGACACUCUGAAUUUGCGCACAAAACAAUGAACUGAAGGCUUACGAUGUGACUCCAUUUAAGUUAUAUAUAGUAAUUAUGAUUGUUUCGUUAUUAGGUAACUACACAUGUCUAUCAAUCUCAUUUAAAUUUGAGAGAAUGUACAGCUACUUUCUCAUUCAUGUGUAUGGACCUUGUGCUUUGAUUGUGAUGAUGUCUUGGUUAUCCUUUCUUAUCCCAAGAAAUCAUACACCUGCCCGGAUAUCCCUAGGAAUCACUGCUCUACUCACUACAGUCACUGUGCUGAAUAUGUCUAACAAUAGCAUGCCAAAGGUAUGUAAUCCAUAAGAAAUGUUGUUAUGCAAUAUAUAAUAAACGAGAAAGCGUCUAUUGCCAGCGUAUUAUGUGUGUUGAAAAACGAAACCCUACAGUAGCCGAAUAUUUUACGUACUUUAAUUGGUGUGCAUAUAUUAUACCUGAAUGGUUGCUAUAUGAACUCAUAAACUUGAAUUAGCUACGAAUAAAAUACAUGCAUGCAAUUGUAUUUAAAAAAUUGGUCAGCUUCCAUUGCUAUUCAGCAUAAUUCAGCAUUCAUUCAAACAUUAAAGUCUCCAGCUCAUGAUACAAAUAGUUUAACUAUGUUCUAUAUUCUUGCAAAGCCUGUGCUACCUUGAUAAUUUAUUUUACCCUGGAAGCAGGAAAAAUGGAAAAUAUAUAUAGUUGCCCCAAUUUAUAAAGUUCAUUGUUUGGAUAUACAAGGAUUUAAACAAGCUGACACGUGCCAACAUCAAGCAUUGUUAACACCAACGUUCUCGUUGUAGGUCAACUACAUCAAGGCGCUGGAUAAAUAUUUAAUCGGUUGUUUCAUGUUUGUAUUUUCUGUUCUGGCUGAAUAUUCACUCAUUCUCACGAUUACUGGAAAGAUAAGAAAACGAAAACUCCGGGAAGAACAGGUAAUCUAUUCAAUCAUGCAUUAGAUGAAAAAAAACCGUAGAAAUUCCGGUCAUUCCAAAAAGUGAAAAUGGAAAAGCAUAUUUGGUUAGUCCACGCAAAAUUACCGGAUUGCCUGAAAAGGUUGUUCUCUUUCCCCGGAUGGAAAUGUUUUAUACGGACAUCUAAGUUUCAUUUACACCUUACGAUUGUUUUAUUACCAGAGCAUUAACAUACAAUUUUAUGACUUCCAGGCUCAGACCUGUUUUGUGUAAAUCCGAACGGGAUUUUCCAAUCAAAAUUUUGCGUUCCAUUUGCACGGUUUCAGACCAGGCGAGUUGAUGGUAAACAACUAUGUUUUUAAAUAUUGAGGACUGGAACUAAGAUUCGCAACAAGUGAGAAUCACUCCUAAACCCAAUACCACCACUGAAACGAAUGAGGAAAUCUGGACUGUUCAAGGAAGCCUCUUAUGGAGAAUAUUAGAUAGAAGGCGUUCCCAAUCAAAAGCGAUGUCCAUGCGCAGUGUUUUCAAUAAGAGGCGGUUACAGGCGGUUACCGGCGGUUUACCGCCGCCUAUUUCGCCUCUGACAGCCGAUUAUUUUUUCGUUUACUGUACGGUAAUUUUCUAGCGACAUUAGAUUGCAUUAUUUUAUUGAAAAUAGUAUAAAGCAAGUCACUAUAUAGGGAUCCAAGGAUAUAGUGUAAAGUUUCAAAUUGAAAAAGACACGACACGGCAAGAACUGUAUAACGUAUCGCCGCGACAACCUAGAACAGUAAGGCAUGGGCUAAAGCAGUCAUAGGCUAGAGUAGGCACAUUACUAAAAAAUGUGGAUUAGAACAACAUUUUUAGGGGAUAAACAAUUCAUUAUCACUCCCUUCGUAACUCGCUUAUUAAAUGUUGAAUUGCAAGAGCUCUUAUUUGGGCAUGACGACUUUCUGUUUUGUAAAGUUGAUGGCUUACACUACGAAAUACACAGUUACCAUGAUCCUCUUGGAAAGCAUACUCAUGUAUGUCUUUUCAAAAAUGGACUUGAAGCCGUACUAUUACCUGUAGACACUAAUCAGUAUACAGAUGAGUAAUAUUAAAAGUUAAUAUUACUAAGAGUAAGAGCAACAUAUUAUUACAAAAGUUUAAGGUGGGGAGAAGAAAGAAGUCCAAAUCAGUUUUAAUUUUAUCCGAGCAGAUUGCUUUUUACUGACUAAACCUAAGAAAGGAUUGAAAUUUGGCUUUCACUUGAAAUUUUUGAACGCAGACGCCUAUUUUUGAAAUGCAGCCUGCUAUGAUGAUUAUUAUUGAAAACACUGCAUGCGCAAAGUCGAAAUCAUCUCACGACCUCAAAAUUUGCGACAAUCCUUAUUUCUGCGAAAUAUUAUGCAGACAUCCUAUUGUGAUCGAACAAAACUAGCAGUCUAGAUUUGCUAAUAAAGAGAAUUCUUAUAUUAGACCAGUUAUUUCGAACAUAGGCCUGCCAUGGCCGACUGACACUAGUGCUAAGUUCUUUGUAAGAUUGCAUGGCGAUGAAACAUAUAAUAUUUUUUGUUUGUGGAAACACCACGUAAAUUUAUUACUGCAAAGCUUUCGAUCCGUAAGCCCGGAUCCUCAUCAGUGCUAAUAAUAUGAAAUAUUAUUAGCACUGAUGAGGAUCCGGGUUUACGGAUCGAAAGCUUUGCAGUAAUAUAAAUUUACGUGGUGUUUCCAAAACGUAUUAUAUGACACUAGUACGUUGUGAAUUAUGUUAUCUGUUAAAACAUUCCAUCAAAUUAUUUCCAAUCAUCCUCUAAUUAACGCAGGGACACCAACUAGCAAACAACUCCAAUGAACAGACGCUGAUUAGAGUUUCUAAACGACGACAUUAUAUUCCAUUAUGUUAUCCCUACAUCAAGCGAACACCUCCAGACAUUUAAAACGUUCCCCAUUGAUUUCGGCUUGUUAGAGGUUUGACUGUAGGUUGAUAACUGAUUUAAAAGCUAACCUUUCGAAUUAACCAAUGUAUUAAUUGUUCUCCAGUUGAGUCAUGCCGUUUCUCAUUUCUAGAAACAGAGCAAACAUGAAGAAUCAGAUACAGACGAUACGGAGAUGCCAACAUACAGACCGCUCAGUGACUAUGUUGAUAAAGACACAACUAAACAAUACUACAACAGCAUGGAGGGUAUCAAUAAAAAAGACUGGAGAAAAAUCAUAGCAGAAACAAUAUUUACUGACGAUUUCUUGACAAAAAUUGACGAGUAUGCGAGAAUUGCUUUUCCUGUCAGUUUCGCUCUAUUCAAUGCGCUUUAUUUUGGCACGUAUCUUUAGGAAUAUCUUUACGAUGUAUACAGGGUGUAUAAAACAAAUGUACACCCUUUCAAAUUAGCCAUAACCUUUUAAAUAUUCGUUGCUCUGCAGUAAGCUGGCCCAUUUUAUAUCUUAGGGCCUGUUCAUAUGGGCAAAAGUUAUCCCAGUUAACGAGAGAACUUUUCGACUAGCCAAAUACUUUUGUUCUGUUCAUAUGGAGAAAUAUUAUCCCACAUACCGGGAAAAGGUUCCGGCUGUGACGUUGCACUGAACAUCAAUUGAAUUGAAAAGUUGCUGACACGACAAAAAGUUAUCCCGCUAAGCGGGAAAGUUGUGUUCAUAUGGAGAAAACAUUAUCCCGGUCACCGAGAUCUCACCUGUCAACAAGCGAGAUCUCGGUACACGGGAAAACUUUUCGUCUCAUAUGAACGCAAUGAAACUUUUCAUAUUAUUUUCGUAACAAGGCGAGAUCUCGCUCGUAAACUUGUCGAAAAGUUUUCUCGCUAACCGGGAUAACUUCUGCCCAUAUGAACAGGCUCUUAUGCAGACUUGAAUAAUACUUAAGCCAGUUUUCCACUUCAACCAUAUCGUAUCGAAACGUAGCGUAUUUCUUUGUUUCCUGACCACUAGAGUAGAACUAAUGACUUCGACACAAAAGAAAAUGCUACGGUACGUUACGAUUGAAGUGGAAAACCGGCUUUACUUUAAACAUUUUUCUUUGAGUUGUGUAUUUGUUCAUACAAAUAGAAGUUAUCCUAAAUUCCCAUGUGCAGAAGAUCUUGUGUUUUCACGCAUUCAUUAAUUCGAGAAAUUAUACGGCUGUCAAAUUACUACAAUAGAUUACGGUUAAUUUGAAUUUGAAAGGGAGUACAUUUUUUAUAUACACCCUGUAUUGUAUCUAACCUCCUCCGCAGGCAACUCUGCAGUUCUGCAACGUUAAAUUAUGUUCUCAAAAACUCUUAAUUAGCCGUUUUCACAUUAGAAGACGGACAAGUCGUCUAGACGAACAAAUCGUCUCAAAAUCGUCUUUUAGUCGGACAAAUCAUCAGAUGUGAAAACGUGUCGGACAAAAUUUUAGACGAACAAGUCGUCUGAAUUUGUUCGACUACUUGUCCGUCUGUGAAGACGAUUUUUGAGAGACGAUUUGUUCGUCUAGACGACUUGUCCGUCUCUAAUGUGAAAACGGCUAUUCACAUCAAUAACUAUAAACGAUUUAUCAGGAACGUAGGAAAUGCGAUAUAAUAAGAAACUGAGUAAAUGAAAUAUCCACAAGUCUCCUUAUUUUCUCGCCCCAGGCCUGUUUAUUUCUUGUUUAUUUUCAUAUCGUAUUUCCUUGUAUUUCCUAUACGUUCCUGAUAAAUCUUUUAUUGCUAUUGAUAUAUGAAUUACGAUUUAAGAACAUUAUUUAACUACAGAGUUGCCUGCGGAUGAAGCUGGUAUUGAAAAGUAUACUAUCGUAUAAGAAUUACUUUGUGUAAGUUAAUGAUUUCGUCAUUAACACGAAUGGCUAUGUGGUUUGCAUCACAGUCACAUGAAACAACAGCCAUUUGACAAGUUGAAGGGGCAAUUUUUUCUACGUCGUGUAUUUGGGAUGAAAAGGUUGAAAACCUUAUAUCGUUGUGGCGUACGUCUCAAAAUUAUUUUGUGUUAGUCUUAUUUUCUGAUUUAUAAAGUAAGUUACAUUUUCAAAUGCAUCUGCAUGUAAGGCUCAAAAAUUGUAAAUUCACAUACAAUACAACCUUCCAGAAACUACGUCACUUUGGCUAUAGAGCCUCGUUUUCGUGAUUGAUAUAUUAGGCUUUGACUAAUGGUACAUACACGAAAACGAGGCUAUAUGGCCGAAGUGACGUACUUUCUGGAAAGGUGUAUUAUCAAUGAUGCUUUAAAAUUUGCGCCAUAUUUACAGAACAUAGGCAAAACUUACUGGGGUCGGUUGUUUCGUGCUCAUCUCAAGGCGGCCAGCAUCCAUGACCAUGGUAAACUGUAUCGGUGUCUUUAUCUGCAAGAACAACUAAUUUAAGUAGAAGUGCAAAUUUAUUUGAAUAAAUAAAUAUUGAUAGAAAUAAUAGAGCACUUUUAUACAAACCAUAAAUAAAAAUGUC